AUGACUCCUCCAAAACAGUUUUAUUUACACGACACAUAUAUCAAGAAGUUCUCUUCGUUCUUUAAAAGCUUAGUUAUAGAAUUGGAUAAAGAUCUGUAUGGACCUGAUAACCACUUGGUUGAAUGGCAUCGUACAUUAACAACACAAGAGACUGAUGGUUUCCAAGUGAAAAGACCUGGAGACAAAAAUGUUCGGUGCACUAUACUUCUGCUUCUCGAUUAUCAACCUUUACAAUUCAAACUGGAUCCCAGAUUAGCACGAUUGUUAGGUGUACAUACACAGACGAGACCUGUUAUCAUUUCCGCCCUCUGGCAGUACAUAAAAACGCAUAAGCUCCAAGACAGUCACGAGAGAGAAUUCAUAAACUGUGAUAAGUACUUAGAACAGAUAUUUGCUUGUUCGCGGAUGAAGUUCGCAGAGAUACCUCAGCGACUGAACCCACUGCUUCAUCCACCAGAUCCAAUUGUAAUUAAUCAUGUUAUCAGCGUAGAAGGUACAGAAACAAAACAAACUGCGUGUUACGACAUAGACGUAGAAGUGGACGACACAUUGAAAACCCAAAUGAACAACUUCUUGCUGUCGACUGCGAGUCAACAGGAGAUUCAAAGUUUAGAUAAUAAGAUUCACGAAACGGUGGAGACCAUCAAUCAGUUAAAAACAAACCGAGAGUUUUUCUUGAGUUUUGCCAAAGACCCUCAGCAGUUCAUCAACAAGUGGAUCAUUUCACAGACUAGGGACUUGAAGACCAUGAUAGAUGUCGUUGGAAAUCCUGAGGAGGAACGUAGAGCGGAAUUCUACUAUCAACCUUGGGCACAGGAAGCCGUUUGUCGGUACUUCUACACGAAAGUGCAACAGAAACGUGCGGAAUUGGAGCAGGCGCUUGGCAUCAGGAACUCAUAAACACAAUCCGAAGUACAGUAACAAUUUGAAACAUUACUAUGUAAAGUAUUUAUAUGAAUCUUUUUUCCUUUAAUUUCAAUGGGCGACACUAGGAUGACGUAUUUUCAUGAAAUGUCAGAAAGAGAAGCUGUAUAGUCUUACAAAACGCAGAAACUGUCCCGAGUAACAAUGACUCCUCCAAAACAGUUUUAUUUACACGACACAUAUAUCAAGUAUCUUUAUUCAAGUCCAUUUUUUUCAUAAAUCUUUUCUAUGAAAAAAGAGGGUAAAUAUAUAUAUAUAUAUAUAUUGACACAACUAUACGAAUCGUCGAUGCGAUGAAAUUCUGUACAAUAUAAUGAAUAAAUCUUUAAUAUAACUCGCUGAAAUAGUUUCGCGCUACAUCCCAUGAAAAUGAACGAAUAUUUUGUUUAUAAGAAAAACAACAGAGGAUUAUUAUUUUUGCUUAGUUCAAGAAAAAACGGACUCGAGAAUGUGCCAAACAUUUUGUAAUUUUAUUUGUUACGGACAUUAACAAAAUUGUAAUUUGUACUAUGACUGAAAUUAUGAAAGUUGAGGAAAUUUUAUACAACGAAGUUUCAUUUUUAGUAAUCUUCAAUUAGGAACGAAUAUAAAAUAAAGGCAAAUAUAAAGGAA